GCACUUUUGCCUAAAAUGGCCAAGCAAAAUUCUCCAUCGCUAACUGAAGUUGUAAAGCAAGUUGCAGAGCAGCAACAUUCACAAGCAUCAGAGAUAGAGAAAAGCAAAACAGUUCUUUUCCAACUGCAGGCAAAGUUUCAGGAACUAGAAAAAGAAAUGGAUUCUAUUCUGUUAGAAACGAAGACAACAGAAAGGGAAAUAUAUCUGCAAGAUGAUGCUAUAGAAGUGACAAAACAUCACUGUGAAAAUCUGGAGGCCCAAGUCAGAGCCCUAUAUUCUGAAAAUUUAAAGCUGAGGCAUGAUGCAGAAACAGUAGAAGAAGAGUUUGAGAUGACAUUUGCAAGAAAUAAUGAAUAUCGGGACAAAAUAAAGGCUCAUAAGCAUCUCUUUUGGAAGAUGGAAAGUAAAAUGCCAGUUAUGCUUGAGCUUGCUAAAAAGAAAGCUGUUGUUAAAGAAUUAAAGACAAAGAAAGAGGAGUUAAUGCGUGAUUUCCAGAAUCCAGAAGGAUGUGUUAUAAAACAAGUGCAGGAAGAAAUUACACUUUUAAAAGGGGAAAUCACAACACUGAAAGAGUUCAUCAAUAAAAAAACAGAUUUGCUGGAAGAGGAGAAAAAAAUGCAUGCUAAGCUUAGAAAAGAAAUU